GACCGAAGCGAUACCAAUGAAGCGUAUCCGGAUUUAUUACAAGCGUUAAACUUGUCCGACGGGUAUUCAAAUAAGCAGACGACAUUGAACAACUAGCAGGUAAAUACACACCUGAGAUCUAUGUUGUGUUCGUUUAUAGUAUAACGCAUUUGUGAUCGCUCAAACGUGACAAUUCAUGUUCAAAAUGGAGUAGAGAAGGAUAUUUCAAGUAUUUGUUGUUGUUGUCUAUACUUGUAACGGAUUUAAUGGCGGUUCCUAGAGAUUUGACACUUCCUCAGCCGAUAUGGGGCACGGAUCCUGUAAAAUUAAAGGAUUUUCUUAUGACACACGAGUUACCGACCGUAUCGAGAGUGGUCAAAGGACAGUUUAUGAACAUUGGAACGUCCAAGUUCAAUCCUUUGAAGAGACUUCAUCAAGAUGUGCUUGUUCAUUCAAUUAAAACAGGAUUAAAAGUAUUAGGACAUAGUGUUACUAAAGUAGAAAGCCGAGACCGUCGGACGACCCGGCUUGUACCGUUGGAGCAGCGUUUAUCAAUACCGGUCACAUACAAAGGUUGGUUCGAGCUCCUAUCUGAAGAUGGUCGAUCUGUCAAACCAAUUGACAGUGUUCAGGAUCUUGCGAAGUCCUUCCCUACAGUAAAUAAUGUUCUAGUCCGCCAAAACUUAAAAGCAUAUCUUGUCAAUGAUACGGACGGAAAAAUGACGUUUGACAAAACAAAAAUUGUUAUAGCUGGGGAACAGUUGAAGGUACAUGGGGAAGUGCCUCUUCAAUUUCCCACCGGGAAGGAAAGAAAACUUCGGUUAUUGAAAUGUUCUGAUUCUAAAGGUGAGAAUUUAUUUUUGAGUUUUGACCAGAAAGGAAUGUUCACUCCAAUAGCUGGAGAUGGUGAAGUGAUGGGAGUAUUUAUGAUCAAAGAUGUGAUUAAUAAGUUUCGAUUACCACUUACUGUAAAAUUGAUACAAGGUGUAUGGCCAAAAGUAGAUUCAACCCGAUUUACUGGACUUAUAAGACUGGACUGGGCUUACACGGAUGAAACAGCGUUCGUUUGUCCGCUUGAUCGGAACACACCCAGGAUAUACCCGAUACCUACAGAGGUCAAUCUCCGCCUUGUAACGGCCGCCAAUAAUACUGAUUUGAAAGAUAAUGAAGCAUACACUAACAUUAUGGUGAAAUGUAACAGGCUUGUCGCGAACUAUCACAACACCAUUCAUUUGAUAAUAUCAGUGCCCGAGGGGGCCGUAAAAGCUAAGAACCACACAAUGGCAAAUAUAUAUUCAGAGACGAAUGCGAAACAGAUUGAGUCACAAAAAUCGGCCAGUCAGCUGAAACGAUCAAGAAGUAGAGAAGACAUUCUUCACGAAGAGCUUGACGAUCUCUAUGGUUACCUUAGAGAAGGUAAACAGCCACCAAUUGGGAAAUUCACAAGGGAUUCUGAUGAAGAGACAUAUUAUGAGGAACCAGAAUUCGAACCAAUGACAAAGUUCAAAUCGCGUUUGGAUAUGUUAAAUAGAGGAGAUGUUGUGGGGAGCCAGAAAAACACAAACUACUCAUUUGUUGACCCACGUGCGGCUUUAGACGCUAACCACAAUCGUGUAUCAAUGUCACCACCAGUAAACGGGCAUGUGAAUAAUCGAGCGCCUGGUACCCCACCAGAACUACCCCCUAGACAAUAUAAACGGACGUCUUCUUCGCCUCAAAUUUCAGUUAUUAAAACUUCAAAUAUCUUAAAUAGUUCCCCGUCAGGAAAAGGUUCCCCGUCAGGGUCAUCAACAGGGGUACGUGUAAUAAAUACUCAAACACAUGUCCUCCAAAGACGUAUUUCAAAAGAAAAUAUGAGUAGAGAUUCAAAAGAAAGUCGAAGCAGCGGAAGUGAUGAGAAGAGGGACUCUGGUUCAAGUAAAACCAGAAGUUCAAAGGCACUCAUAUCUCGUAAAGCAUCAGUGCCUCUUUUGUAUUUAUGACAACUUGUAAAUAUGUGUUUAUUUGUACAGAUACAUACAUCUAUAAAAUUGUUAAUGUAUUUUAAAGAUAUUUAUAGAUGAAAUAAUUUUUGUGCUGAAUCUUAUAUUCUAACAGUGUAAUUAACAGAUUAUUAAUAACUCCAGUUAUUCGUCGAUUUUUAAAUAGAUCUUUAAAACGUGUUCGACAAUGCACUGCCUGCACUUGUUGUCCUAACUGUAAAAAGUAAACUUAACAGUUUGUAUUGAACCUUAACCAAAUGUUAAAUUUACUGAAAAAUGUCGUUUAUAACCUUAUAAUACCGCACCUUAUAACAGAAAAGAUGUUAAAACAUUUUUUCUUCUUCUCUUUGAUAAAUCAUAUAAUAUAAAAUGAUAUUUACAAUCAGGUAUAAUAGUCAUCUUUUUGAUAUAUAUUUUUAUAUUAUUGUUAAAGACACAAUAACACUCCAAAUUGAACAUGUUAAAUUGUUGACUUGGUGCCUUACAAUAAAAAAAGGUUACUCCUGUUCCUUACUGAAGUAAAUCAAUAUAAACUAUUAAUUGUUUUCGUAGAUUUAAAUGUUCCAGCAUUUUUAUUAUUCGAACAUGUAUUGAUCAGUGUCUAAUAGGACUUUGCCGGGGUACGAAAAUUACUUGUAUGGAUUUCGAAAUAAUUAUAUGAUAUUGAUAUGCACAAGAAUAUAUCGUUUCUAGGUAAUAUCUGCACCGUCAUUCUGUGAUUUGGAUCAAUAAAUAACCUGGUAGCAUAUGCUGAUCUCAUUCAGUCAUUGUUGUUUUUACAAGCAUCAAAGUAACAGAUCGAUAUAGAGAGACCUUCUCUAUUACACUGCCUUGUUAAUACUAGCUAUUUUUUGUCCGAAUAGUGUAUUGUCUUCCCUUGGUAUUAUAUUACUCGGCUAUAUUACAUACACAAGUUUCAACUUUGUCCUAAAACAAUGUUUCUGUAUUUAAGUAUUUCACUUUAUAAAAGGCGAAAGUCAUUGUGUUUAUUUACGCUCUUUAUUAUAUAUUUCUAGCUGCAAUUAAUUUCUCAGGAGCUGUAUUUGCCCAGGUAUUUUCAUAUAUUCCCGAUGAAAAACAAAGUCAUUUUCUCAACCCAUUAUCUGUGUUGAUCGGCUUUUUCCAACGAAUCAUAUUUCAACAAAACAAUCUGUUUAUAGAAUAGUCUGAUUACAAUUUUUUAAAAGUGUAUAAUGACUUGAAACAGUUUAGUGAUUAUGCUGUAAAUUUUAUCUUUUUGUUACUGUAAGGUAGUUGGUUAUUCAGACAAGCUAGGGAAUUAAGAUAUAUGAUUGUAUACAAUUUGAUAUUUGAGAACAUAAUAUCCCCCGGCUCAGCGUUAAUGGUUUCAGAAAAUGCUAUAUAUAUGUCUAGUGAAGCAUGCUAUAAUUUAAGCUUAUUUUUCUAUUAUCUAAAGUAUUAAAGUAUUGCUAUAUCAGCAUAAGUAUUUAUAAAUGGUUUCUGCCAGUUUUUCAAUUGUUGUUAUAAGUUUACAUGUAACAUUUUCAUUCUUGUUCAUAUGUUACGUUUAUGUUUUACGUUAUUGAAGAAACUUUAUAACUUUUAUCUAAAUGCUUUCUUGAGUUGCCAAAAGAAUUGAAUGAACAAAUAUUCAGUGAUCUUCACGCCACCGCAAACCAUCGCACCAAACUAGCUUUCCGUCCUCUCUGUCACUUUGUUUUUUUUUUUUUUUUUUUUUUUUUUUUUUUUUUAUAUAUUUCUUCUUACAAUAUGUAUAAGAUUUUCUAAUAUUGAUCGAAGGGACCUUGUACUAUGUAACUUGAUAUUCGGCAUACCUGCUAUUUCAUGAUAUUUUUAAACAUGCAAGUGUCUUAUUCAAUGUUAAAGUGACAAUUCAUCCGAAUCUUCGUAUUCAAAAACUUAUAAAAAUGUGCAUUUUUUACUUGUUACCAGGUGCAGUCAUUAUGUAGAAAGAGGUUAAAGAUUAUAUCAAAAUAGAAUUUAUCGGUCAUGUUUUGUAACCGCAAUUCUCCCACACAUUAAACACGCAUGUGCACUUACAACCGUACAACAUUUAUAUGGUGGUUGGUUUAUACUGUUGUGUUACACAUGAAUUUUAUCAUGUUAUAAAAUUCCUGAAUCAUGUUAAAAUUAAAACUAAUUGACUAAAUACAACGUUCGUUCCGGUGUAGAAACUUGCUUUUUGCCAAUUAAAUAAGCACACUUUCCGCUUAUUAUUUUUUCUUUUGUUUUUAUAUAUAUACUUCGUCGAGCGACAUGUCUCUUGUUUGCUUUAAGCGAAUUGUUUAUAUGUAGAUUUUUGUACUGUAAUUAUAUAAACUUUAUAUCAUGAAAUGUUUUAAUAUAUUUUGAUGGAAUAUUUUAUACAUCAAAUUACAAUAAAUGAUAAUAAACGAUUGAUAAGCA